AUGCUGGACCUGGUGGUCCUGGAGCAGUUCCUGGCCAUCCUGCCCCAAGAGAUGGAAAGCUGGGUGCGGGAGUGUGGAGCGGAGACCAGUUCCCAGGCAGUGGCUCUGGCCGAAGGUUUCCUCCUGAGCCAGGCAGAGAAGGAGCAGGGAGAGAUGCAGGUUCAUGAGCCCUUCAUGGAGGUGGCUGCUGAAUGUCCCAAAGCAUGGGGCGACACAUCAUAUUCCUCUCAGGAGCUCACCUUUAGAGGGAUCUCCCAGGAGGACUCAUCUCAGAUCUCAUCCUCAGAGAAUAGAACAGCACUGAUGGUACCUGUGGAAACAUCUCUUCUUUGUGGUGCAAUAGAAACAGCAGUUUUGCUUCCAGCUCAGGAUCCAGUUUCUUUUGAGGAUGUAGCAAUUAAUUUCUCUGGGGAGGAAUGGGCUCUGCUGGAUUUUGACCAGAAAACUAUGUACACAGAAGUCAUGCUGGAAAAUGCUAAGAUUGUGGCCUCCAUACGUGAUGGGCAGAAGAUUGAGAAUUAUAAGCAGCCAGCAGUGGAACAUUUGCAAACGGUCAAAAAUGAAAUUAAAGAAAGGUUCUUUGAAAAUCCAUGGGGACCAAAAAGGCCUAAGGAAAACCAAUUCAACAAUAAGGUAGAGAAAUCUUCUACAUUGCAAUGUGCAGAAAUCCAUGUCUUCGUACCCCAACAAUAUCACAAAGAGAAAAAAUGUAUAGGGUGUGGAAACAUAUUCAGGAAUAAAUCCAAUUUCUGUGAAUAUUGUAGAACCCUCACCAGAGAGAAACAAUAUGAAUACAGAGAACAAGGAAAAAAUUAUAACUGGGGCCUCCCUCUCUCUUUACAUCAAAGCACCCAUGUCGGAGAAAAAUCAUAUAAAUGCAUGGAGUGUGGGAAAAGUUUCAGUAAGAGCAGUAAUCUGAAUGCCCAUAAAAGAAUCCACACAGGGGAGAAACCAUACAAAUGCCUGGAAUGUGGAAAGAGCUUCCGCAAGAACAGUAACCUUACAUCCCAUAUAAGGAUCCACACAGGGGAGAAACCAUACAAAUGCAUGGACUGUGGAAAAAGUUUCAGGUGGAGCAGUAACCUUACUUCCCAUAAAAAGAUCCACAUAGCAGAGAACCAUUUAAAUACAUGGAGUGUGCAAAGACUUCACUAUGAUCAGUCACCUUACAUCUCAUAAAAGGAUCGUCUUGAAGGAGAAAGGAGAUAAAUGAAUAGAAUGUGGAAAGAGCAAGAACAGUAACCACACUUCCCAUAAAACAACCCACUUGGGAGAAUCCCUGUAAAUGAAUGGAGGGUGGAAAUGCCUUCAGGAUGAUCAAUCACCUUAUUUUCCAUAAAAGAGUCCACACAGGGGAGAAACCACAUGAAUGCAUGGAGUGUGGAAGAAGCUGCAGUGACCUGAGUUCCUUUAUUUCACAUAAAAGGAUUCACAGGAGGGAGAAACUAUACACAGGCUUGGAGUGUAGGGAGACUUCAUUACGAUGAGCUUGGAGUGUAGGGAGACUUCAUUACGACGAGCUUUAGCUCUAAUAAAAAGUUCCAUUUAGGGAGGAAUUGUUUACGGUCCCUGAGUGUGGAAAAACAUCAGGGAUUCCAGUUCUGAGGCAAGCAAAAACAUUACAUGAGUUGAUGAUGGACUAGAGAAAUCUCUGCCUGGCAUGAUUGAAUGAAGGAGAUGAAGGAGAAGACAAAAGAGGAAACACCUGGGAAGGAUCAAAGAGAUUACAGAAAGUCCUUGAAAGCCCUACGAGUCAGUCUUAGAAGCAAGAUGGUUUUGUUUCUGUCCAGUAUCUGGAAUCGAGCCCACUUAACUAACCUUAUUCAAUGAACACUGUGUGUGUGUGUCUGAGUGUGUGUAUAGUAGGAUGCUUCAGGGAUCCAAACUGUUUUUUUAAAUCACACAUCCUACAUACCCAGUGGUGGGAAGGGUUCCCACUCCCCAAACUAAUUACCGAAUGAACUGGGAUGGGGAAUUUCUUUAUAUCUGUUGAAAAGAGUAACCCUUUCAGAAAUAAAAGAUCGGGUGUCGUGUGAAAAUGCAGACUAUGCUAUGAAUCCCAUCGAACAUUAGCCCAAUGUUCUAUCUAAACCUAACUCAUCUACUGGGGCUGGGACUUAUCCUUGCUGCUAUGCUGGUUUGCUGAAAUUUAACUUAUUUUCCCUAAGAGUUUCUCUCUCUUUUCCCCUUUCUGCCAUCCUUCAUUCGUCUCCAGUUUUAUCCUUGCCUUUCUUUUCUUCUCCUUCCAGUGUAGCUACCCAUUCCCCAAAUCUCCCCCUCUCCUCCUCCUCCUCCUCCUCCUCCUCCUCCUCCUCUUUUCCUGCUGGAAAAAGGAAGGAGAACAUGUAUGCGUGCCUAUGUUUAUGCCUACUGAUGAGAUUAUGCUUCAUAUAUGUAGAUGAAGAUCUGGUUAUUUUGCUGUUAAUUAAUUUUUAUAUUUUAAUAAUUCACUUAACAUUUCUUUUGACAUGGGCCUGCCCUUUUUGAAGCGUAGCUUCUGACAGCUAAAUGCACGCACACAUGCCUGGGUCACACAUACACCUAGAAGAGAUGGAGGGAGUCUCAAAGAUUGCUAUCUGUUGGCAUCUUAAGUUUGACAGCCAGAAGGGAACCUGGACAUGGCACAGAAUGUUUGUCUUAAAUAUAUUAUUAUUUUGUUAUGUCUAUUUCUUUUUUAGGGCAUCGUCUUAAAUUCAUGAACCCAUUAUGUUUGUAUAAAAUAGGCUAAUUACAGAUAAAUGAAUAUGUCAGAGUUAUCACUUUUAUCAACCAUUUCAUACUCAGAAGCCACUGGAAGAAAAUGCAGUGGCCAUUCAUUUCUUCAUACAUGUUCUUGACUUGGGGCAAGCAGCAAACUGCCCCCUUUUGCAGAAGUUACUCAUAUUCACGAAGCAAGUGAAUAGAAAAUUUGGGAGGGGAGAUCGUCUGAAGAGAGGGAAGAGGGCAAAGAGAGAGAACAGCUGCAGAAAUGUAAGCAGUGACUUGGCCCAGGUUUCAGAUUACUGAAUCAUUCAAGAUAGCGAAAACCUGAAGUGCUUGUGAGGAGCUCCAAAAGGAACUAUUUUAAUUGGAUGAUGAAACCAAGCAAUGUUUUAAUUUAAUAAGCAUAAAUUAUUUUACACAUUAUGGCAGACGUAUACACACAGAGCAUUUGACAUGUACACUGAUGGAGUAUGACUCUAUGUAACUUACCAGGAGUUGUGGAAUGUAGUGAAUUGCUCAGCGAAGAAGGCAAAUCAACCUGCGGCAGCUGUGAAAAGGAUGCCAUGUUAGGUAUCAUUAGAAAAAGGACUGAAGAUGAAACUGCCAACCAUGCAAUGCCUUUCUACGGAUCUCUGGCAUCUUUGCAUGGGGGAUGCUAUGUAUGAUUCUGGUGGCCCUGUCUGAAAACAGGCAUAAUAGGCGAAAAAACUGCAAAAGAGGGGAAUGCAAAUGAUGAGGAGUCAGGGACGUCUUUUUUAUGAGAGCAGGGGAGAACAUUUGGGACUCUUGAGCUUUAAAAAAGGCAGGUAAAAGGGGAUGUUACUGAAGUGUAUAAAAUCAUGCUUGGCAUACAAUCAUAGAAGACAAAAACAAAAUUAAGUGUAAUCUUUAGAAGUAGAGAAAUGGCCUCAUCGUAAUGAAAGUCCUUUAAUAGACUGAGGCUUUCCCCCAUAGUGACAAAUUCUGACCUUUCCCCACCAAGAUAGAAAAGGGCCUUUUUGCAGUUUUAGUUGCUCUUAGUGGUCGUUUUCAAUCGUUCUCCUCCAGCUGCGCUCCUUCUACUAAAGUUUGCUCCCUUGUUUCUUUUUCUGACUCUCCCAACAUAGAUUGUUUCACACUGGUUCUCUGUGUUUCUGCAUUUUCUGCUCUUCUGGCUGCUGUAAUUUUUCUUUCAAUCCGUUCUGUUCCUUUAUCACCUCACAGUAUUUAAGAGACAUUCAAUUACAGUUUCUUGCAGUUUCAGGAGGCUCUGGAGAUCUCUCUUAGUUUGUUAAAAAAAAUUAGGAGAGCCAUUUUUAAUUGUCUUCUGCUUAACUCCUCACAGAAUAGAUGCAU